UGAUAGCGAAGCCCGGGGGUUCCUAAUCAUAUCCUCGCUCACUCCCCCUACCCAAAUUCUAAAUUCUUUCCUAGGGUUAGGGUUUUUCAAUUCAGUCUCCCCUCUCUCCGCUCACAAUGAUGUACGGCGAUCCUCAACAGCAGCAGCAACAGCAGCUCGCUCCGCCCCCUCCGCCGCCGCAGCACCACCAAUUUCAGCAGCAGCAGCACCAGCACAUGGGAGAGUUCCCGCGGGGCCCACCCCAGCAUCACCAGCAGCAUCCGCCGCAGAUGAUGAUGCGACAACCGUCCGCUUCGUCGACGACUCUCGGGGGGAUUCCUCAGGACUAUCAUCAUCAGAAUCAGAAUCAGCCUCCUCAUUCCAAUUAUGAUGCACAUGCAGACAGUUUUGCUACAAAGAGAAUGAGAAAGAUUGGCCAAAGGAGAGCAGUUGAUUAUACAAGCACUGUUGUGCGGUAUAUGCAGACUCGUAUGUGGCAGCGGGAUUCAAGGGACAGAACUGUAUUACAACCGACUCCAGCUGCAGCAAUUGAUAUGUUGCCAACAGUUGCCUAUGCAGAUAACCCGUCCACAAGCUUUGCUGCAAAAUUUGUGCACACUUCUUUGAACAAAAAUCGAUGUUCAAUUAAUCGUGUAGUGUGGACUCCCACCGGCAGGCGGCUUAUUACAGGCUCUCAAAGCGGAGAGUUCACAUUGUGGAACGGGCAGUCGUUCAAUUUUGAAAUGAUUUUGCAGGCUCAUGAUCAAGCAAUCCGGUCUAUGGUGUGGAGCUAUAAUGACAACUGGAUGGUCACUGGUGAUGAUGGAGGCUCGAUAAAAUACUGGCAAAAUAACAUGAAUAAUGUGAAGGCUAAUAAGUCUGCUCAUAAAGAAUCUGUACGUGACCUAAGCUUCUGUAGAACAGAUUUGAAGUUCUGUUCCUGCUCUGAUGAUACGACAGUGAAAGUAUGGGACUUCGCUCGAUGUCAGGAAGAGCGGUCUUUGUCUGGCCAUGGUUGGGAUGUGAAGAGUGUUGACUGGCACCCUACUAAGUCUUUACUAGUUUCAGGCGGUAAAGAUAACCUCGUGAAACUCUGGGAUGCAAAAUCAGGGAAAGAGCUAAGCUCAUUCCAUGGGCACAAAAACACUGUUCUUUGUGUAAAAUGGAAUCAAAAUGGCAAUUGGGUGCUCACUGCCUCUAAGGAUCAGAUCAUCAAGCUUUAUGACAUACGUGCUAUGAAAGAGCUCGAAUCUUUCCGUGGUCAUCAAAAGGAUGUUACUGCAUUGGCGUGGCAUCCUUUUCAUGAAGAAUAUUUUGUAAGUGGGAGUUUUGACGGAUCUAUUUUCCAUUGGCUAGUCGGGCACGAUACUCCUCAGGUUGAAAUUUUUAAUGCACAUGAUAAUGCUGUUUGGGACCUGGCAUGGCAUCCUAUUGGAUAUAUAUUAUGCAGUGGCAGCAAUGAUCACACUACGAAGUUCUGGUGUAGAAAUAGGCCUGGGGAUCCCGCUCGAGACAAAUUUAAUAUGGGGCAAAACCAGGGUUAUGGUGAGCAAAACUCUACACUUGCCAAUCGCAUGGCUGGUAAUUUUCCUGGAUCUGAUCCGUCCACAACUCCUGGAUCAUUUGGUGGUGGAUUGACUCGGAAUGAGGGAACUAUUCCAGGAAUAGGAAUUGCAAUGCCGUUGUCCAUACCAUCACUUGAGACAUCAGCUCAAGGAGACCAGAAGCCACCUAUAUCAGCUUCAAUCCCAUCAGGAGCCCCUCCUCUCCCACCUGGUCCACAUCCAUCUCUCUUUUCAGCCAAUCAACAACAGCCUUAUCAGCAAAAUGCUCAGCAGCUCCAACAUCACCAGUUGCACCAACAGCAAAUGACGUCUUUACCUCUCCCCCCUCCUAACAUGUCACAACUACAACAUCCUUCCCAUUUACCUAUGUUACAACAUCCUCAGUUACCUCGUCCUCCAUCUCAGCUUCCUUCUCACAAUAUGCCAUCGAUGCCUAUGCGACCAAUGGGAAUGCAAAAUACAAUGAAUCAGAUGGGGCCUCCAAUGCCUCAGAACCAUUUUAUGAACAUGAAUCAUUUGCAUUCUGGAUCUCCUGGUGGUCCACCUCCAGGAGGAAUCCCAAACGGGAUGCAAAAUAUGCAGGGUUCUUCAAAUCCAAGCGGUAACCAAAUGUUCCCCCAAGGAGGUUCAUUUAAUCGGCCACAAGCUCCACAAAUGCCACCUAUGCCAGGGCAUAACCCGUUCCAGUCUGGGAAUCAAAAUAUUAACGCGAUGGGAGCAUUGCCUCCUAAUUUUGGGAUGCCAUCUGGAAUGCAUCCCCCACUGCCACCUGGUCCUCCACCACAUGGCCAACAGCCUCAGUAAAUGACAGUUGUUUCUAUGAAGUCCUGUAAUAUUAGAAAUGCUUGUUUCUGAGCUUCAUGGAAAAUCGGUUGAGCUGCUACUGGGUCAUUCCUGAUUUGAGCAAUUGUUUUUUUGUUUAAUAGAAAUUUAGUCGUAUAUCAGUGUUGUAAAAAAACUAUGGCACAGUCUUUCAUGUCUUGAGCUAGUAUUAGUGAACUUCAUGUAGUAGGGUAAAUGGCCUCAUUUAUAUCCAGUAUUCCAGUUAGAUAAAUUUGAGUAUCAUCUAUUCCUGAUAAAAUUUUAAUAUUACAACAUUUAUUUUGAAACAAAUAAUCCGGUUGGUAUUAUUGAACUGAAACACUCAUUGUUUACUUUAAAGUUUGGCUUCGUGAACGUUUGAAAUACCAGUUUUUAAUUUUGAGGUGUU